GGCUGGAAGCUGCAGAAAAUAAGAGCCGAGUUGUUGUAAAAGUCUGAGCUCAAAAAUUAACAGUUUGGUCUUCAGACGGACUGUGGGACUGUUCUCAAGGCUGGCUCUUCACAAGAUGGCUCCGACUAAUGUCAUUCAUCAGUACUCUUCAGAAGCGGGAUGCAGAUGUCCAUUAGAGUCUGAGCUACGAGCAGUGAUGCAGCAAAGGAUUAUGGUCCUGGAUGGUGGGAUGGGAACCAUGAUCCAGCAGCAUAAGCUUGAAGAGGAACAAUUCAGGGGCGACGAGUUUAAAGAGCACCCGCUUUCAUUGAAGGGCAACAACGACCUUCUCAGCAUCACACAGCCAGAUAUAAUUUACAAAAUACACAAGGAGUACCUGCAGGCUGGGGCGGAUAUCAUAGAGACGAACACAUUCAGUAGCACUUCCAUUGCUCAGGCAGACUAUGGACUGGAGCACAUGGCUUAUCGACUGAACAGGGUGUCAGCGGAGCUGGCAAGAAGGGCAGCUGAUGAAAUUACCAAACAAACUGGUUGUAAACGCUAUGUGGCUGGGGCAGUGGGUCCCACCAAUAAAACCCUGUCUGUAUCACCAUCUGUGGAGAGACCAGACUUCAGGAACAUCAAAUUUGAUGAGCUAGUAGAAGCCUACACAGAGCAGGUCAGGGGUUUAUUAGAUGGAGGAGCAGACAUCCUUCUGGUUGAAACCAUCUUUGACACUGCCAACGCUAAGGCUGCCUUGUUCGCCAUCGACCUGCUGUUUGAAAGCAGCUAUGAAAGAAAACCUAUAUUUAUCUCAGGGACCAUUGUUGACCGGAGUGGACGAACUCUGUCUGGUCAGACUGGAGAGGCUUUUGUAGUGAGUGUAUCCCAUGCUAAACCACUAUGUAUUGGUCUGAACUGUGCUUUGGGUGCGACAGAGAUGAGACCAUUCAUUGAGGCCAUUGGAAAAAGCACCACAGCUUUCAUUAUCUGUUAUCCUAACGCAGGUCUUCCCAACACAUUUGGAGACUAUGAUGAAACUCCAGAAGUAACAGCCUCCAGUUUAAAGGAAUUUGCUAGAGAUGGACUAGUGAAUAUUGUGGGAGGCUGUUGUGGGACGACUCCAGGACACAUCAGAGCCAUACAUGAAGCAGUUAGAAACUGCCAGCCAAGAGCUCCUGCUGCUGACAUUUAUCAAGACUACUUGCUGCUGUCAGGUUUAGAGCCAUUCAGGAUCGGCCCUUAUACCAACUUUGUAAACAUUGGAGAGCGAUGCAAUGUGGCUGGGUCACGCAAAUUCGCCAAGUUGAUCAUGGCAGGAAACUAUGAGGAGGCACUAAGUAUUGCUAAGGCCCAGGUGGAGAUGGGAGCCCAAGUCCUGGAUUUAAACAUGGAUGAGGGGAUGCUUGAAGGGCCUACAGCCAUGGCUCGAUUUUGUAAACUCAUUGCCUCUGAGCCAGAUAUUGCCCGGGUUCCUCUAUGUAUUGACUCCUCUAACUUCUCUGUGAUUGAGGCUGGGUUGAAGUGCUGUCAGGGGAAGUGUAUAGUCAACAGUAUCAGUCUGAAGGAAGGAGAGGAGGAGUUCCUGCUCAGAGCUGCUACUGUGAAGCGCUACGGAGCUGCUGUGGUGGUCAUGGCCUUUGAUGAGGAGGGGCAGGCCACAGAUACAGACCGCAAAGUGGAGAUCUGCAGUCGAGCCUACGAGCUGCUGGUCAGCAAAGUGGGCUUUGACCCCAACGACAUCAUCUUUGACCCCAACAUACUCACCAUCGGCACAGGCAUGGAGGAACACAACAACUAUGCUGUCAACUUCAUCAGGGCUACCAAGCUUAUCAAAGAGACCUUACCAAAAGCCAGGGUGAGUGGAGGUCUGUCCAACCUCUCCUUCUCCUUCAGAGGAAUGGAGGCCAUCAGAGAAGCUAUGCAUGGAGCGUUUCUUUACCACGCUAUCAAGGAUGGUAUGGAUAUGGGGAUAGUGAAUGCUGGAAACCUGCCGGUGUACGAUGACAUCAAUAAAGAGCUGCUGCUACUAUGUGAAAACAUCAUCUGGAACAGAGACACUGGUGCCACUGAGAAACUACUGGCCUACGCACAGAACAAUGUGAAAGGAGGGAAGAAGGUGGUUCAGACAGACGAGUGGAGAGAAGGAAGUGUGGAGGAGAGACUGGAGUACGCUCUAAUCAAGGGAAUAGAGAAGUAUGUCGUGGAGGAUGUGGAGGAGUGUCGCUCUCAGGUUGACCGCUACACUCGACCCCUUCACAUCAUUGAGGGCCCCCUUAUGAAUGGCAUGAAGGUGGUGGGGGAUCUCUUUGGAGCUGGGAAGAUGUUCCUGCCACAGGUGAUCAAGUCGGCUCGUGUUAUGAAGAAGGCAGUGGGCUAUUUGAUUCCUUUCAUGGAGAAGGAGAGGGAGGACAUGAUGGCAUCAUCAGGGUCAACUGAGGAGCUGGAUCCCUAUCAAGGCACCAUAGUUCUGGCUACAGUGAAGGGAGACGUCCACGAUAUUGGCAAAAACAUCGUUGGUGUGGUGCUGGGUUGCAACAACUUCAGAGUGAUUGACCUGGGCGUGAUGGUUCCCUGUGAUCGGAUCCUUAGAGAGGCCAUUACACAGAAAGCAGAUAUCAUUGGUUUGUCUGGUCUCAUCACUCCCUCUCUGGAUGAGAUGAUCUACGUGGCCAAAGAGAUGGAGAGACUGGGGAUGACAACACCACUGCUGAUUGGAGGAGCCACAACAUCAAAGACACACACAGCAGUGAAGAUUGCCCCCCGCUACAGUUGUCCUGUUAUCCAUGUUCUGGAUGCCUCCAGGAGUGUGGUGGUGUGUUCCCAGUUGCUGGAUGAGACAAUGAGGGAGGAGUAUUUUGAGGACCUGAAAGAGGAGUAUGAGGAGAUCAGGCAGGACCACUAUGACUCUCUGAAGGAUCGUCGGUAUCUGUCUCUGUCCCAGGCCAGAGAGAAGGCGUUACAUAUAGACUGGCUCUCUCUGCCCAGACCAGUACGUCCUCAGUUCCUGGGCACCCGUGUGUUUGAGCAGUAUGACCUGAAUAGUUUGGUGGACUUCAUUGAUUGGAAGCCUUUCUUUGAUGUGUGGCAGCUGAGAGGAAAAUACCCCAACAGAGGUUACCCCAAGAUCUUCAAUGACAAGACUGUUGGUUUGGAGGCUCGGCGUGUCUUUGAUGACGCCCAGCGGCUGCUCAGCCAGAUGAUUGACACCGGCAGUCUGAAGGGUCAUGGCCUGGUGGGAUUCUGGCAUGCCCAGAGUGAUGGUGAUGACAUCAAUGUGUAUGAAAAUGAUGUCACAGUGCGCAGAGACACCAAACCCAUUGCCACUUUCCAUGGCUUACGGCAACAGGUGGAAAAGGACAGCUCCAGUUCAGAGCCCUACCUCUGUGUGUCUGACUUUGUGGCCCCUGUAGAUAGCAGUGUGGCAGACUACAUUGGUGUGUUUGCUGUGGGUGUGUUUGGAGCUGAGGAGCUGAGUCAGCAGUUCCAGGCUCAGGGAGACGACUUCAGCAGCAUCAUGGUCAAAGCUCUGGCUGACCGCCUGGCUGAGGUACAGUACGGACAGUGUCCUAACACACCAGGCCUCUAUCACUGUUCCAUCACUGCUGGUAUCACACGGGCGUUUGCUGAGGAGCUCCAUGCUCGAGUGCGUAAGGAGCUGUGGGGCUAUAGUGCUGAUGAAACUCUGCAGGCCUCAGACCUACACAGAGUUCGGUACCAGGGCAUCAGACCUGCAGCUGGCUACCCCAGCCAGCCUGACCACACUGAGAAGACCACCAUGUGGAGCCUGGGUGGUAUACACAACAAGACCGGUAUUGGUCUGACAGAAUCCCUGGCCAUGACGCCCGCAGCGUCAGUGUCUGGGCUUUACUUCUCCAACCCUCAGGCUUCAUACUUCGCUGUGGGAAAGAUCACCAAGGAGCAGGUGGAGGACUACGCCAGGAGGAAGAACAUAAGUGUGGAGGAGGUGGAGAGAUGGCUGGCUCCUGUACUGGGCUAUGACAGUGAAGCGUAGGGCAACAGUCUACAUCCAUUUUCUCAUCUCACUGUGAGAAAGAAAGUGAAGGAGCACAUUUUGCUUCUAAUGUUGAAUUCAUCCUUUAAUGCAAACAGCUUUUAAAGAAAUUUUCUUCUGAAAAAAACAAAAAACACUAAGAAUCUGUUACAUUCAGUGCCAGUUUUCAAUAUGUGACAUUGGUGUUACGGACCAAUUCAUAUGCCACUUAAACAGCAUCGACAUAAACAGCCUGGACACAUGGUUUAUAAAUGUUAUUGAUCUCACAUAAGUUUUAGAAUUGUAUGUGGAAGUGAAAGUUUAGGUCUUUGCAUAGAGAUUGCAUUUAUUCAAAAUUUUUUAUUUCUUUUUAGUAUCAUUUCAUUGUUUUCUGUGGAACCUGUAGUGUACCACAUUUCACCUUUUCAGUGUUUGAUUAUGAUUGAUUACUUGAUAGGCACAUUCAAAAACAAUAUAUGCAGUAAUACAUUUUUCAAUUAAAUGGUGUGAUUUAAAAACUUUUUAGAAACUCAUUGUAGAUGAUAAAAAAGAAAUCAGAAAUCAAAAGUUCUAAGUCACGAUCUGUAACAAGAUCAUUUAAAAACAAAUUUCUGCUGUUCCACUGACACUUAGGACUUUCUGUAGUUUUCCAUUUUGUAGUGCUUUGUCCACUUUUUCCACUUUUUUGUGGAUCAACCUACAGAGCAGUAGGAGGUGCUCUCAUUGGUCAGCCAUCAUUUCAGAGCGCCCGUGUCACCUUCCUGUUUCAUCUGUGUGGGUUUAGUUUUUGAUGUGACACAUUUCUGCAUGGCCUCAAACUGUAGUGUGGAUGAACCUGUCAAAUACAGUAUGGAACAUUGAAACAAGACUUUUUCCCUUAUCAGCCUUUAUUAUGAGUAACUUACCAGCAGUUGAAAACUUUGUUUGUGCUGACCUCCAGUGGUUUAACUUUUCACCUAGCUGUAGUGAGGUAAAGUGCACUUUGUCGUGUCAUAACGCUGUGACAUCACUGGUGGGUGUGGUUACAGGCAGUGAUAGUUGCUAUAGCCAUGUGAACUUUGAGCCAGAGACAGCAGUAAAAUUAUUGUUUUCCUUCAAUUAAGUUAUUCUUUACAAUCCUUUUUGUACAACAUUUAAAAUUCAUUAAUUUGUCAUUCAGAUGCUCAAUGAUAAAAACAUUCAGUAAUUUAAUAAGAAAAAUAUAUUUUUUCAAUUACUUCAAUUUAUUGUUAAUUGUAUCAAUCCUCAUAUAAGCUUCAGGCCUCCAGAUAUUUGAAGCUACAGCAGUCACAGUAACAGCAUUUUUUCAUAGAUAACUUGUUUCACGUUGCAGUGUCAGUAUAACUUCAACUAGAAAUAAGUUCAUUAUUUUAAUCUAAGGUACUAGUGUUUGAUUAGCUGGUUGGUUGUCUGUUUACACUGUAAUUUCUUUUUUGUGUAGUCUGUGAGGUUUUAUGAAUGGUUUGUCUUCCAGACAUCGUUUCAUAAUGUUGAGGAAUCAAUAAACUGGGACACAAUUACAGAUGAAUAUGGGUAUUUUAGUUAAUGUUAUAUUGAAUAAUGUUCAUGUUUUCAAAAGAUUCAGUAUUCAUAUUCAGUUAAAAACUCAGUGUCAUCAUGUAAGAACAAACUUGAACAUAACUUGUCCUGUGAUAAUAUGAAAACAAACACUUUCUGUUUACUGGAGGUUCAUGGCGUAAAAACAAAUGGCAUUUAUCAUUCAUGAAUGUUAUAUGUUGGUAAACUUGGUUAACUCUUUUCCACAUCCCUUUUCAUUUCAGUUUCCUCUUGGUGUCCUUUUCCCCAGUGUAAAAAGGCUUUUCACACGCUGAAGUACAACUAGUUUCUCAUCCACAUCCACAUACUGUUUACAUGUUGUUUUAUCAACUGUAUUGUGUAUGGACCAUUCAAAUUAUCUACUUGUUCUAUGAUCCUGAAACAUUUCCACAUGGGUCAAAGUAAAAAAACAAACCAGGUGUUUCUGAAAGAAUCAGGCUCAGGUGCAUUUCACAUGUGUCUUAAAAGCCCUGAUGUGCUGCAGUGGCUAAUCUCUGUAUGAAGCUUUGUUUCACUUACCUACAAUGAAAAAAAAACAGAAAAAUGAUGGUGCACUGUAAAACAGUAUUGACAUGACAGUGUUAUUUUAUUAAAAAUAAU